CUUGUUGUGUGUAUUCCCGUGCUCGCAUCGCCAUCUUGUUGCAAUCCUACUUUUUACGUAUGCGAGGAUCUACUUUCCGUUCGGCCGGAUUAAAAAUUGCCCGUCUGCUCUCAGCAGAUACACAGGGGACGAAAGGCUCGGGCGUGCGGGUGUGAACCGUGCACACGGACGGCGCUUUCCACCGGGACACUACCUUUACCCCUCGGUCUUUUUCCUCCUUCCGUCCCGGGCCACCGGGUCGCCUGUCGUGAGGGUUUACGCGCAAUGAGCAUCGAUACACUCUUGGAGGCGGCCAGAUAUCUGGAAUGGCAAGCCCAGCAGCAGCAGAUCAAACGAGAGGAAGAGCAGUGUAAAGAGAAGGAGCUCAUCAACAGGGAGGUGGAGUCGAGGCGUGUGGAACUUGUGACCUCGCCGUCUCAGCCAGUCAGAGCCAACCACAUCACUUGGGGCGAUGACGCUCACCGCAAACAGCCGCACCACCCUCCUGCCCCUCCGCCCCCGUCUCUACCGCCACCUCAAGUCCCCAUUGCUGUCAUCCCAAUGGUCCCAGUUGUCACCGCGACUCCCUCGGUCCCACCCCUUCCGCUCCCGACGCCGAUUGCAGCAGCGGCGACAUCGCUCAACAGCUCCCCGCCAGCCAAGAACGCUUCUUCCCCACAGCCACAGCAGCAGCCGCAGCAGCAGCCGGCAUCUCGUCACCUGUUGUGCGCCUCCCAGAUAAAAGUAGAAACUAGUCAGCAGCUGGUUGGUGUAAAGCCCAGCCAAUCACAGCCUCAGGUUCAGAUUCAGUACCCAACCUCCAUCAGUACUAAUGGCUCCGGCUCCCAACAUGCACUGGUUCCCCAUCAGGCUCCACCCACGUCUCAGCCUCGGCCUAAUGGAGUGACGAUGGAGGACAUGAGGGGGAUGGAAGGGAAGAGGAGACCAGGAGGGGCGGGGACCAGAGAGGUGCAUAACAAACUGGAGAAGAAUAGGCGAGCGCACCUCAAAGAGUGUUUUGAGACUCUGAAGAAGAAUGUUCCUAAUGUGGAUGAGAAGAAAACCUCCAACCUCAGCGUUCUGCGCAGCGCUCUACGUUACAUACAGACUUUGAAGCGUAAAGAGAAGGAGUACGAGCACGAGAUGGAGCGUUUGGCCAGAGAGAAGAUCGCUACACAGCAGCGGCUGGCCGAGCUGAAGAACGAGCUGAGCCAGUGCAUGGACGUCAUGGAGAUCGACAGAGUGCUUCGACAGACCAUCCAGCCUGAGGACGACCAGGCCUCCACGUCCACCGCCUCAGAAGGAGAAGAUAACUAUGAGCAGGACAUGGAUGAGGACGUUCCUGCUCCUCCUGCUCCCACGGCUCUUCCCAAACCAGCUCCUCCCAUCAUACAGGCCCAGCCGAUCCUCACCCCUCACCUGUCCAUCCAGCACGCUGCCCUGCCUCUGUCCGGAGUCCUCGCCUCCCCCGCCCCCUCCGGUCCCCCUCUGCCUCAAGCCAUCGCCCCCGCCCCGGCUCCAGGUCCGCCCCCUCCGCCGGCUCCUCACCCCAUUCAGCCUCCAGCCAUGCAGGUCCAGCCCACCGUCAUCGCUCACGCCGCCGUUUCCCACCCGUCAGUCAUCCAGGCUGUCAAUCACGCCCUCCCAGCCAAUCACAAACACCUCACACACAUCGCCCCCUCACCAGGCCCCACCUCUUCCACCCCUCAGCCAAUCACAGCAGCUCCAGCUGCCCCUGCCACCGCCACUCACCAGCCAAUCACCGCCCAGCCCAUCGGACACAUCACCGUCCACCCGGUGGCCCACCUAGGAGCUCCCCUCACGUCCCACCUCCCGACUCUCUACCCCCAGGGUGUUUCUGUCACACAGCCCACCAUGGUGGGCCACAUCACCCACACCUUCACCCACCACACCCUGCCUCAUGUCCAGGCUAAUCCUCAAGUUAACACUAACGGAGCCCAGGUGAACAGCGCCACAGUGGUGAGCCAGGGCAGCCCGUCGCUAGGGAAACCCACAGCGGUGCUGGCGCCUCACCCACAGCUGGUUGGACAGGCGGCUGUCCUCAACCCUGUCACCAUGGUUACAGUCCCAACCUUUCCUGUCAGCACACUCAAACUGGCCUGAAACAGGACAAACAAAUGAUGUGAUGGACUGAUGGACGGGAGACGGCAGAGUGAAACAAAGAUCCAAAACCUCUGGAUGAGUUUUCAUUCUGCGGUCAAUCAACAGCAGAGAAUCUCUGGCAGGCAAUUGACAAAAAGCAUCAACUGUUUUUGGACAUUUUGUGACGAAUAUCUCCUGAGGUAUUUUGGUCACAGCUCUGUUAGUUUGUGAACAAUGACAUUAAAGCAGAGUCAGUGUGUCAGGCCAUUGUUUGUGAAAAUGAGACUGUGACGUUUGUCUCCGCUGCAAAGACAGGAACUCUGUUGACCUUUCUUCCUUCCUUCCUUCUCUCCUUCCCUUUCAAACAGAAGCACUAACAUAAUAAGCUCAGUUCACACUCAGGCAUCAAGGAUUUACCUUAACGUUUCACUCACUCAUUGAAGGAAAACACAACAGAGAUACGAGCCGUCGCUGGGCUGUAGCCGCAGUGAUGCAGCAUGCGCCCGUUUUCCAUUGAUAUAUUCACGAGGUCAUGUGGGACAGUUUGGUGGAGAAACGUCACUGAAGUGUUAGAGAGCAGGAGGAGGAUCCAAAUAAAUGGCACAGACUGGUCUUGGAGUAAUUUUCCCUUUGCCUGAAUCUAAGUGCAGCACUUGAUAGAUGAAUUCACAGUUUAAACACCUUCCAAAUAAGUUAGAAAAAACUGUUUUCGUUUGCAAUAAUUUAACCAGAUACACUCUGAAUCCCCGAAAGGAGAAAGAGAAGGAAAGGGCAGCAUCUGUUAGGGGAGAUUUCUGUUAUUUAUCCACUUCCUGUUUGGAUUUUUGUUUUUCAGAACAGUAGAGCUACUCCAGACAUGAGGGACAGGGUUUAACAGGAGGAAUUAGGACAAUGACUGCUUGGUUUUCUCAACACAUUAGCGUUUGUUGUGCAGAGAAGUCAUGCCGUGAAACCACAGAUAAAAGCAGAGCAACAGGUUGUUCAGGGCUGUAGUGGUUAGCACUUUCGCCUUGCAGCAAGAAGAUCCCUGGUUCAAAUCCCGGGUUGGGCCUGGGAUCUUUCUGCAUGGAGUUUGCAUGUUCUCCCUGUGCAUGCGUGGGUUUUCUCCGGGUACUCUGGCUUCCUCCCACAGUCCAAAAACAUGCAGAGGUUAAUUGAUCACUCUAAAUUGACGGUAGGUGUAACCCUGCGACAGCCUGGCGACCUGUCCAGGGUGUCCCCUGCCUUUGCCCGAGUCAGCUGGGAUAGACUCCAGCACCCCCCGUGACCCUAGUGAGGAUAAAGCGGUGUAUAGAGAAUGGAUGGAUGGAUGGAUGGAUGGAACAAGUCGUUCAGAAACAGACAACUUAGACACCGGCAUAAUGGCGUAAUCUGUAUUUUUUAGAAAGAUUGUGCACUGCAGCUUUGAUGUAUUUACCAGUUCCACGGUGAUAAACUCUCUGAUCUAAAGGAAUACAUCUUUUGAUAGAGAGAAAAUGAUUUUCCAAACACCAACAGGUCAUUUGAGUACAUCAAGUUGGUGAUUUUUGAAGCAGAGGGGCUUAACGAGAGUCAUUCCAACACUUAAGAUGCUGUUUUCCUACCAACAAACCCUUUUAACAAAGUGAUUCGGACGAGAGUUGAGAGACGGACGCCUGAAACCUGCUCUCAAACAUUCAGUGACGGCUUUCCUUUUGUCACGUCAUGACUCGCUGUUGUGAAAUCCAGGUUUUCAUCCUCCUCAGUCUAUAAUGCAACAGCUCCCUCUGCUGCCUCACCUCAGACCUCAUAAUGAUGUCACCCACACACAACACAAAACACCUGCAAGGCUUUAAAGAAAAAUCUGGAUACAAAUUGAGCGGUGCGUUACAGCAGCCCGACAAAAACAAAGAAUCGGAGACGGUUUCUAUCGCACGCAAACUGAUUGUGGGAUUCAUUCUGCUCACUUGGAGGUUUUUUUUGUAAAGUUUGGGUAUAGAAACGAUCAGGCUGAAGAUUUUUUUUAACAGUCAAUUUACAGUAGCGUCCAACAGACACACAUCUAGUCUCAUAUUUUAAAAUUUAAGAAUGGAAAUCGUGUCGGGGCGCCCACUUCUCUUUGUGUGCAUGUUCACGCUCACAGCCUUCUUGCCAGCCUUCACAUGAAUUCUCCCCUCAGUGUUUGUGAUCAGUGUGGAUCGGCUCCUUCUGCUGUUUCUGUCUGUACACGUGACUGUAUUCAGUAUGUUUUAUAUUCUGUACUAUAGUUAAUCCUAUCGUACCUGUAGCAUGGCUCUGUUUUUUUGGUUAUAAAAGUUUGCCCUGUGCAUGACGGAGUGUGUGAGUGUGUGAGUGUGUGAGUGUGUGAGUGUGUGUGUGUGUGUGUGUGUGUGUGUGUGUGUGUAGCUAGCAGGUUAUUUUUUUACACAGAGGUGAUUAACGGUAUGAGCCUGUUUGGGUGCUAUCGUGUGUGCCUAUACUCAGUUUUCCUGAACACUGUGACAACUCCGGCAAAACACGUACACUUUGAGGAGCGAACGGAAAGAUUUACUGUCAUCGAUUGUUCCCUGUUUUUUUUUUUUUUUUCUUUUAACGUUUUUAAGUUUUCCAUUUUGUGAGUUGGACUGAGGCAUAGAGUGGAAAAAGUAAAAAAAACAACAACAACAAAACAAACAAAAGCCGUUGCUCUUUUCUUGAUAACAUAAUAAUGUCUAAUAUUAAAUUUGAGUUUUGUAAUAUUUGUAUGUAUGAAAGUUUUGUAAAUUUGUGAUUGUACGCAUGUUUUGGCAUAUGAGUGUAUGUAUCUUAAAAAUUUUAAAAUGCUUGUUUCUUUUCGGUUCUGUUUUGCAUGUAGAUUGCCGUUUAGUUUCUUUCGUUUCAAGGUUUUUGUUUUACUGUUUAUUUUUGGGACCAUGUACAAUACUGUAUAACGUGGGCAGAAUCUUGGACCUCAUGCUACAUUGAUAUUAUAUAUGAAUAUAAAAACAUGUUUUCCCUAUGGAGAAAGUUUUAAGUUAUAUAUCGCCUGUACACUUUGGGCUGCCUUUUAGAUCUAACUGUCCACUGUUUAAGAUAACAAUGAUGAUAAUGGAUAAAACAUAUUAAUGAUGAAGAAUUAUGCUGAUGAAAUAAUAAAGAUUCUUAAUAAAUCUUAUUACAUUUACAACA